GACGGUUUAUUUGUCGAAGGCUGUGGGCCUGCUGAGGUUAGGUUGUCCAGUGUUGUCAGUGACUAUCAGCAAACAAACGUGCUGUGGUGGGUUAAGUGAUAUUUGACAAGCAUAGCAGAGGGUUUCUCACCGUGAAAACAUGGAAGGAGCUAGCAAGAAAAGGAAGCGUGGUCAAAAGAAACGAAAAAUCAAUCUUGUUUUCGAUCCUCAAGCUCGAAGAGAAUUCUUGACCGGGUUCCACAAGAGAAAAGUCGAGAGAAAGGCAAAAUUUCAAGAGAAUUUAAAACAAAUGUUAAGAGAUGAAAGAAAGCGAAUCAAAGCAGAUGCGAAGGAAUCAUAUAAGAAAAUGGUUGUCUCUCACCGCUCUGUACCAGAAGUGGAGCAUUUACUAGAGGAGGAACAUGAUUUAGGGACCCAUUCAGUUGAGAUUAAGGAGCUGUCCACUAAUGAACUUGCUGAACAGAAUAAUUGGAUUGGUGCAAACCAGAUGAAAUAUGACAUUAAAGAGGAGACCAUUGAAGAUGAAGACGACAAAGAUGAUGAAGGUGACCAGUCAGAUAGUGAACUCAUUCCCGGAAUGGAUCUCAAGGUGAAAGAAAAGAAGACUGUUUCUGAACCUAAGGAAACAAAAAAUAAUGUACUCAAAUCUGCUAAAGACAUCAAGAGGGUUAUCAAACUUCAAGCUACAAAACAAGUAAAAAAUAGUAAGGCCUAUCAGUUAAAAAAUAAAAUAGAAAAGAUGAAACAAAGAAAAAAGUCAUCACAACAGAAAAAAAGAAAUGAAAAAAUAAAAGAGAGUGGUAAGAAAGGCAAGAGGUUAAAGAAAAUGAGAGCAGCCCAAGGUAACUGAUGCCUGAGCAGCAAACUGUUUCCUCCCUGGAGAGCUGUACUGUAUUUUUUAACAGUAAAUUUAUAUUUAAAAACUUUGUACAAGGUAAUAAAUCUGUAAAUACCCGCCACACUA